CAGAGGGGUGGGGGAGGUAUGGAUAUUCUCUGGAACUACACAUUUGGAGAGCAUCAAAAUGGGACAUGCCAUUUCCAAGGUUUCAAUUAUCUUUAGCUCAAAUCUGAUCCAAUCUAGCCAACCUGUUACCUGUACAAUGUCUUUAAGACCCCCAGAAAGGUGAGUUAUUCAUAACAUUGAUGGCUAAGUAUUGUGGAAUAUAGAAUAAAAUUAAGCGGGUUCCGAAUGGGGUAAAAUUGGAACUGGCAUUUGCCUACUUUUUCACUGGGAAAAUGGGGUUUGGGUCUCUGGAACUGGAAAACAAAGUAACAUAAAAAUAACGACUGGACAAAAAAUAGCCUGGGAAAUGUGGAUGUGGGCAAACGUUGGGCUGGGAAAUGAAUUCUUUUUUCCUCUGCCCACUUUUAGGAAUGGAACGGGGAAGUCAGGUCGGGGUGAUAAUCAGGAUUUCAAGAGACGGGGAUUACAGUGAUGGGGUAAAUAUCAAACUCCCCCUCCCAGAAAAAAAAAACCACCUAAGGCUGCCAGCCAAAGGGAAAAUGUUAAAAAGUAUAUGUCUUAGAAUUACAGCGAUGUGUAGCCUUUGUCUUUUCUACAGAGUGCCUUUGCGAAAAUUGGCAUUUUUUUUCUAUCAAUGCAAAAACAAGCCGAGAAUGAUGCGUCGCCCAUGUUUCCUCGCUGCCUUUCCCUACCCCACCCCGCCCAGUGACUUGGUACACACCUAAUAUGGUAAUCACUCACUCGUCUGGUGAAUGAACAGGAAGGAAAGCAUGAUGAAUGUGUGACAGGAAGGUUUCGGAUUUUUGGAGCGACGUUUGCUAAACCAAGACAACCUCCAUCCGUGAAAUUAGCAGCGAAUUUGGUCGAAGAAACCAUGACGGAUGAUUCAGCGGAGAUAGAGCCGGCUCUCUUGGAAAGUGUGCAGUUGGCUAUUAGAAGGAAUAUAGAAUUGGCUUUUGUCAAGAAAGCGAAAGUUGAAUUCAAAGGUGACCGGUCAGAGGCUCGAAUCUUGGCCCUUUCUACCCACCGACUUUAUGUCCUUACGAGCUCCAAGAAUGGCUGCAAGGUGGAUUUUAGCAUGCAUGUUUUGGAAAUACAGAAAAUAGAGAGUAGUAAACCUCUUCUGUUAACUCUACUAUGUGGAGAAAAGUCCCAUUAUUUCCGAGUUCUUCAACCAAAGGAUUGUACAGAGAUUAUUGCUCAUAUCUUAGCUUCUCUUAAAUCUAACUUUCCAUCUGGAAAUCCAGAUCGUCUUCUCAGAGUGGUCUAUGGACCACCAGAGGAAAGUGAUGCACGACAAGCACAGGUCACAACACUUGUCAAUAACCUGCGAAAUGCAGGAGGAGAAGUAGAGUCUGGGCCUUGUGGUGGAUUUUCCAAAGUAUAUGUUUCCAUGUGUGAUUUUUAUGGACAGCCACAUUUGGAAGAAGUUGUUUGGGAUAUUGACACAAUCUAUUUAUCACUCAAUACAAAAGAGUUAAACAUUCAAGACUUUGACCACCUGGAACACAAGGACUUGGUUCCACUUAUUUCAACACUGGAGUACAAUGACUGGUUUACUAAGCUGACAUGUGACUCAUUUCGACUGGGAUCUGAAGUGUGUGAUGCAAUUGUCAGAAUUAUGGUAAAGUCAUCCACAAUAGAAGAAUUAGUCCUUGAUAGUGCCAGUUUUGGCAGGGAAUAUUGUCAGAAGCUGGCAUUGGCUCUUACAUCAAACCCCAAAACAUCUUUGCAUUCAUUGAAUUUAAAUGGUAACUCCAUCGAGGACAGAGGUUCAGUGCAUUUGUCUGGUGUCUUCAGUAAGCUUCCUCAGGGUUUGGUGUGUCUCUGUCUUGCUGACAAUGGAAUUACAUCCAAAGGAGCAAGCUCACUGGGUCUGGCAUUAAAAAGCAACAAGUAUAAUGAAAGCUCCCUACAGAGACUGGACCUUAGCAAGAAUCCUUUUAAAGGAGAUGGGAUAGCUGGUCUGUGCGAUUUCUUGUCAAAGCCAAACAUGCUGACCCACCUGGAUCUCUCAGCAACUGAAUGUCCACUUGACCUGUUAUUUGGUGCUCUUAUUCGAGGCUGUGCUCAGCAGUUAGCAUCUAUCCACCUUGCUGGAAACAGUUUUACCACAAAGAAAACUAAAGAUGCAAUUGUCCCACCUUCAUUCAAACAGUUUUUUAGCAGUUCCCAAGCUCUUAAAUUUUUAGAUGUAUCAGACUGUAAGUUACAUGCUGAUGCGGUCAGAGCAAUCCUCGAAGGAUUACGUGAAAAUAGCGUUCUCACUGAUGUUGAACUUAACAUCAGCAACAAUGAGCUUAGAAGUCAAGGAGCCAAAGCUAUUGCUGAAAAUAUAUCCAGCCUGAAGUGUGUGAGCAGACUAAAUAUUAGUGAUAACGGAUUUGAAAUGGACUUGAUCAGAAUACUUGAAAAGAUGUCCUCAAACAAAGCGUUGAAGUAUUUGAACCUUGGACAGAACACGAGACAGCGGAGUUCGUCUGCAGUUAUGGAAGCGUUAGUUCAGCUAAUAUCCGAAGAAAACUCGCACAUCGAAUCCAUCUCUUUAGCUGAAUCCAAACUGAAACAGGACAUUAUCCCGCUCUUAGAUGCUCUCGGGACAAACGAAACGUUGAAAGAACUUGACAUCAGCGGAAAUCAAAUGGGCGACGAAGGAGCCCGCAUUCUGGCCAAGGCUCUUCAAAUCAACACGAAACUCAGGACUCUAGACUGGGACAAGAACGGAACAACUUACAGAGGAUUUGGAGACAUCGCAGCAGCUCUGGAGUGUAACCAUACGCUGCUGUCCAUGCCAAUGCCUCUACACGAUGCUGCACAGUCGCUUAAACCACAAACAGAGCAGCACCUGAGAAAGAUCGAACAGUUGUUACUCAGGAAUCAAUCGCCUCACAAAGUGGUUACAGAACAGGCGUACAGAUUGCAACAGGGUUUGCUACUCACAUCCACACAGCAACAGAUGGUAGAUCGCCUGGUGGUUCAGUUACAGGACCUUGUGAGUGCGCUCCGACUCUGCAAGGACCCUGACGUAAAGAACGAGAUCAAAACUGCUAAACACUGUAUACAAGAUGCAGACAAGCUCAAACAGCUGUUGCUAAAGUUCCAUUUGUGUACAAGUGACAGUGACAUAGAGGCCCGAUUUGCUGAGCUUGCGAGCGACUUUUACAAAGCAGCUGAGGAUAAAAUGAAGAGCAACAUGGACACGAUGAUCGAUUGCGCAAAAGAACUUUGUCCUUACAUCACAUCUGCGGACGACGUGAAGAGCCGUCUACAAGCUGUUGUACAGGGCAAGUCAAGUAUAAAUGAAACAUUUGUGGAGGAAGUGAUACUCACUCGAGCUGCUGCGGGUAUCGCCAAUAGGUUAAGUGAAGACAAGCUUACAGUGGCUUCUGUCAUGGCCGACACGAUCAUGGAGAUGGUGAUACAUCAACUGGAGAACAGCGUCAACAAACUGGAGUUACUUCUGAAUGACUAUCGAAGCAAAAAGGAGGACAAGGACACGGAGACUGAAAAGAGCGCCGAGGAGGACGACGUGGCAGCGGUGGCUAAAAAAGCUCGAAAUCGCCUUAGCACAGCCCAGCUGACGGUGCCCGUGACAGACGGAACAGAUGGCCCAGGUAAAAGGAGCGGCAAGAGGAGGCCUACAAUCAACAGGCGUCCGUCUCCCAGAGGAGUCCCUGAAGAAGACGAACAAGACAACAAAGAAGAGGUCCCGGUCGUAAAGGUGGCCAAGGAAGAGGUCGACGAGGCGCCUUCAGCGACUCUAGUUGUGCCAAAAAAUGUUGUCUUCACCGACAUAGAGAUGAAGGGCUCGGAUUUGAAGCACUUGGUCAAGGACCGUGCUCGACCCCCUCAAAAAAGGCGCCUACCCACCCGUCCCUCAAACAGACCAACUGCGGCUAAAGACUCUGCCAAGGAAGAGAACAACGAAGAGGAAGAUAUUGAAGUAUUUUGGAGCAAGACGGUAGAAGAGCCGAGCGUGGUAGUCACGCCAGAGAAGAACGCAAAGAAGACAUCAACAUCUAAACCACCCCCCUCGACUGUCACGCCUCCAAGCAAGACCACUCCCCCCAGACCUGCAACCAAACCAAAACCCUCACCCAAGCCAAAAGACAGCGAGGAAAGCAAAAAAACUGGCUGGAUACACAAAGGGGGUAUUAGCCUUCCAGGAUUUUUAAAGAAGAAACCAAGCAGGGACCGUGCUUCAACAGCGCCGGGUUCAGAAUCGGCUUCCACAUCUUGGUACACUAACAACGAGGCUGAAAAGAAGAAAAAUACAGAUUCCCGAAAUGGAGCUCCCUCUAAGGAAGAAACAAAGGUUUCCAAAGAGAGGCUUCCCUCUGAGAAGAAAUCAGAGCCACCCAAGGAAAGGGUACCCUCUGAGAAGAAGCCAGAAGCACCCAAAGAAAGGGUACCCUCUGAAAAGAAAACGGAGGUGUCCAAAGAAAGGUCACCCUCUGAUAAGAAGAAAGAAGCACCCAUAGAAAAGGCGCCUUCUGCGAAAGAACCAGAGAAGGCUCCUUCAGAGAAAAAAGAAGAAGUACCCAAACAAACGACCGUUUCUGAUAAGAUACCUGAAGUGAAGAUAGAUCAGAAAACUGCUGAGGAAAGUGAAGCCGUUUCUAGAGAAAGAGUAUCCUCGCAGACAAAACGAGAGAGGACGCCUUCGGCAGGUAAACCGGAAGUCGCAAGACCAAUCAUUAUGGGGGUAAAGCCAUUUGCUCUUCCGCGUGAUAGGGUAGCUACAGAGACGGCUUCUCGACCGCCAACCUCCCAACCGCGCGAUAGGGCGUCCUCGGCUGAAAAGGACGUUGCGAAGCCGGCCACCCCGGAAGAACCUGCUAGACCGCGCGGACCUCCCAAAUUUGGAAUUGGGAUAGGCGGGGCAGCAGGUGGAGGGCUAUUGGCUGAAAUGAAGAUGAGGCAAGAGAGGGCGGCUAGUUUAGGAAGGAACAAAGCGUCAGACAAGCCAGCCGAGAGCAAACCAGUCGAGCUAGGAAAGGAGACCAACGGAAAUAAAGAGACGGAUGCGGAAGUCACGAAGGAAAAACUUGUGAAACCGUCGUCAUUGAAGAGGCCCAGGCUACCGUCCGGUACUCCGCCAAAACCCGCUCCACGGCCUGCUAAGAAAGAUCUCAAGAGAGAAGCGCAAGAAGAAAAGAGAGAGGAGAAGGGAGAGGAAAAACCGGCGGUGAAGAAAGAAGAUAAACCGGAAGAGAAAAAGGAGGAGAAACCGGAAGUGAAGGAAGAAAUAAAGGCAGUUAAACCGGAAGAAAAGAGAGAGGAAGAACUGGCCGGGAAAAGGGAGGAGCAAACCUUGACAGCGCAAAAGAAAGAAGAAGCAGUGGAAGAUAAAGAGAAAAUCGUAGAAAAUGUUUCAGUUGAAGAAGUAAAGAAAAAAGAGGAGGAAACGAAAAAGGAAGAAACAGAAGCGAAAGAAGGGAAGCCAAGUACAGAAUUGGAAAAGCCAAACGUGAAACAGAAGUUAGAAGAUGUUAGCGCCGACUCUGGAGUAAGCAAAGAAGCAGAAAGUGUGGAUGGAAAAGUAGACAACGGAGAGACACAUCACAUAGAGAAGGGAGGCGAUAAUGAAACAGCUGUAGCAAAAGACGAUUUAUGGGUAAAGCGCGACUCUGGCAAAGAAGCGCUUAGACCAGGUGGUCGAUCAAUGUCGCUGAAGAUUCAACGAAGCACCUCUGGCACAGAGAAGGGACAAGCGGCUUCGGUGCGGUCAGCUACUCUACCCAAACCCUGGUCCCCCGGGCAGGCACCCUCUAGCAUGCUGUCCAGAAAGUUAAGCUGGGAAAUGCCAAAAGCCGGCGGUGAGGAUGCUGUUAGAGGGGCAAAGAAAGAGCGAAGUGGGAGUAACAGCGAAGAACCCAUCCCAGAGGAUUCAGAGGAUCAAAGUCCGGCGCCUGCAGCCCUCAAGGAAGAAGAUCAAAUAUCACAGCAGAAGGACGAAACUAAAGCCACGACAGAAAACGGUGCUAUUCCAAAAAGUCCGAAAAGUCCCGAUGCAGCGACCUUGGAGAAAAUCUUAACCUCUGCAGCCGAUACAGUAUUAUAAACAAAAUGUGUGAACUUAUUUGAAUGUUAAUUAGAGCGUAUUAGUUUACAACUGAGUGUAGGUGUGCUGACACAAAGCUGCCAAAAAAAAAAAAAAAUUAAGAUGUACAUGUCUAUAUACGUUUAUGCAGAUUAUUUUACAGUAACUAUUUUUUAUUGACAAAGCUUCUUUUUGAUACAAAAUUUGUCCGCAAUUAGUACAUUUACGUCGUUCACUGCAAGCUAUAUUUCGACAAACCAUGUUGGUUGAUUUGUAGUCUAAUGGUGAAAAUGUAAAUCGAUGGGUAAAAACGCUUGUGAAAUGUUCAUUUUGUUAAUCAAGGGGAAAAAACAACAACAACAGUAAGUCCAACCACGGCUAUUCGGAGCAGGGCAAGCUAAUUCGGACUUCCUGUAACUCUGUACACUUUUACACUUACACUACUUCUAACUGUAAUAUAAAAUUAACAUAAGCAAUCGCUGAAGAAGAGGAAUAAAACAUUGAACGUUAAGUCCGGGCUUAGCCAUCCACGCAGUGCUCUAGGUUCCAUGUUCAGACUGUUCACUGGCUCGUCACGGGAGGUGCAUCACACAGCGUUAUUGGGGAAAGCGUUACGCAACCUUGUUGCGGGAACUGACUCGUGACAAAACUAGACAGCUGCAUCAGAAGGGUUUAGUUUUAAAUAAGCGGGGAAGGAGUGGGGUUAAAAAUUAGGCAAAUUGCUGUAAAUUCGGUGCUUUAUAUAAAUUGCAGUAAAGUGUACCUAGGUAGAAUAUCAGUAUUAGUAUAAAUGGUAAAUUGAUAAUUUUGUUUGUUACUGUUGCACAUCUUGGUACGUACAGUUCGGUCAUUUUGCUCAACAUUACCAAAUGUGAACCUUGCACCGCAUUUGAUGAGAUCAAAUCCGUAGCAACUAAAUAAAAUCGACAUUACCAUUU